AAAAACAGCUGUUUCCUUCACCACUCUCCUAAUAUCUACGUAGGAAUAGUAGUUUUUCUACCCCUAUAUUAUUUCAAGAAUGGAAUAAAGUGCAACUACAUAAAGAAGGAAUAAGUUCAGUGGCUUGUAAAGGCACAAGCACAAGCUUGAGAUAUUCAUGCAAUUCUCAAUGCUGACCAACAUGGCUUCUUGGUUUGCAAUGUGGAAUGUGUUACUAAUGUUAUUAUUGUUUUCAUGGAUUUCUUGUGGAAUUGCUUCUGUUUCCUAUGACCAUAAAGCUAUUAUUGUAAAUGGCCAAAGAAAAAUCCUCAUUUCUGGAUCAAUUCAUUAUCCAAGAAGCACCCCUGAGAUGUGGCCAGAUCUUAUUCAGAAGGCAAAAGAAGGAGGAGUAGAUGUAAUACAGACUUAUGUUUUUUGGAAUGGGCAUGAGCCUGAAGAAGGGAAAUAUUAUUUUGAAGGGAGAUAUGAUUUAGUGAAAUUUAUUAAAGUGGUCCAAGAAGCAGGACUUUAUGUUCAUCUCAGGAUUGGACCUUAUGCAUGUGCUGAAUGGAAUUUUGGGGGGUUUCCAGUUUGGUUGAAAUAUGUUCCAGGUAUCAGUUUCAGAACAGACAAUGAGCCUUUCAAGGCUGCAAUGCAAAAGUUCACUACCAAGAUUGUUGAUAUGAUGAAAUCAGAAAAGCUCUAUGAAUCUCAGGGUGGUCCAAUUAUUCUAUCUCAGAUCGAAAAUGAAUAUGGACCUAUGGAGUGGGAACUAGGUGAACCUGGUAAAGUCUACUCAGAGUGGGCAGCUAAAAUGGCUGUGGAUCUUGAAACUGGUGUCCCAUGGAUCAUGUGCAAGCAAGAUGAUGUCCCUGAUCCUAUUAUUAAUACUUGCAAUGGUUUCUACUGUGACUACUUCAAACCAAAUAAGGCUAGUAAACCCAAGAUGUGGACUGAAGCCUGGACAGCCUGGUUUACUGAAUUUGGAGGGCCAGUUCCUUACCGUCCUGCAGAGGAUAUGGCAUUUGCUGUCGCAAGAUUUAUACAAACGGGAGGCUCCUUCGUCAAUUACUAUAUGUAUCAUGGAGGAACAAACUUUGCAAGGACUUCCGGUGGCCCAUUUAUUGCUACUAGUUAUGACUAUGAUGCACCUCUUGAUGAAUUUGGGUUAUUACGGGAGCCUAAAUGGGGUCAUCUGAAAGAUCUGCAUAGAGCAAUAAAGCUUUGUGAGCCAGCUUUAGUAUCUGCGGAUCCAACUGUGACAUCCUUAGGAAACUAUCAAGAGGCCCGUGUUUUUAAGUCGGAGUCUGGGGCCUGCGCUGCCUUCCUAGCAAAUUACAACCAGCACUCUUUUGCUAAAGUGGCAUUUGGGAACCGGCAUUAUAACUUGCCACCCUGGUCUAUCAGCAUUCUUCCUGACUGCAAGAACACUGUAUAUAAUACUGCAAGGGUUGGUGCUCAAAUUUCUCAGAUGAAGAUGACUCCAGUCAGUAGAGGAUUCUCUUGGGAGUCAUAUAAUGAAGAGGCAGCAUCGCAUGAAGACGAUACCUUCACAGUUGUUGGGUUAUUGGAGCAGAUAAAUAUCACAAGAGAUGUAUCGGAUUAUUUGUGGUACAUGACUGUCGUCGAGAUUGAUCCAACAGAAGGAUUUUUGAAUAGUGGAAAUUGGCCAUGGCUUACGGUCUUCUCUGCUGGCCAUGCAUUGCAUGUAUUCUUGAAUGGUCAAUUAGCAGGAACUGUUUAUGGAAGUUUAGAAAACCCAAAACUAACUUUCAGCAGUGGUAUAAAUCUGAGAGCUGGUGUCAACAAGAUUUCUCUGCUAAGCAUUGCUGUUGGUCUUCCGAAUGUUGGCCCUCAUUUUGAGACAUGGAAUGCUGGUGUUCUUGGACCAGUUUCACUUAAUGGUCUUAACGAAGGGACAAGAGAUUUAACAUGGCAGAAAUGGUUCUACAAGGUUGGUCUAAAAGGAGAAUCCCUGAGUCUUCAUUCGCUCAGUGGUAGCCCAUCUGUUGAGUGGGUUGAGGGCUCUUUAGUGGCUCAGAAACAGCCACUCAGUUGGUAUAAGACUACAUUCAAUGCUCCAGACGGAAAUGAGCCUUUGGCGUUAGAUAUGAAUACCAUGGGCAAAGGUCAAGUAUGGAUAAACGGUCAGAACCUCGGACGCCACUGGCCUGCAUAUAAAUCAUCUGGUAGUUGUAGUGUCUGUAACUAUACUGGCUGGUUUGAUGAGAAAAAGUGUCUAACUAACUGUGGAGAGGGCUCACAAAGAUGGUACCAUGUACCCAGGUCUUGGCUGUAUCCUACUGGAAAUUUGUUAGUUGUAUUCGAGGAAUGGGGUGGAGAUCCUUACGGGAUCACUUUAGUCAAAAGAGAAAUAGCAAGUGUUUGUGCUGAUAUAUAUGAGUGGCAACCACAGUUGUUGAAUUGGCAAAGGCUAGUAUCUGGUAAAUUCGACAGACCUCUCAGACCUAAAGCCCAUCUUCGGUGUGCACCUGGUCAGAAGAUUUCUUCAAUCAAAUUUGCAAGUUUUGGAACACCUGAGGGAGUUUGUGGAAGCUUUCAGCAGGGGAGCUGCCAUGCGCGACGAUCAUAUGACGCUUUUGAAAAGAAUUGUGUUGGGAAAGAGUCUUGCUCAGUACAGGUGACUCCAGAGAAUUUUGGAGGUGAUCCGUGUCGGAAUGUUCUGAAGAAACUCUCAGUGGAAGCCAUUUGUAGUUGAUGAUCCCGAGGAUACAAGUGGUUUCAGUGAGUUUUCUUAAACACCGCGUGAUAGAAAUAUUUAACCACUCCUUUAAACAUAUUUUUCAAACAAGCCACUAGACAUCCAUGCAUAAAUCGGCACCACCAUUUUUUGGCUUUGCUUGGGGGUGAAGUUGUACAGUUAAGCAACACACCUCUUUGAUCAAAGUUCACUUGAUUGCGAAGAUGAUUGGUGAAAGAUUGUGUACAUUUUAGUUACUGUAAAACAAGCGUUUGAGGUUUCGUCCAAGUGCACAUCGGGACGAUUCUUGAUGAGAAAUCAAGAAAAUGUGCAAAUUUUGUUUGUGCUAGAGACUUGGAAAGCAUUUUGCUUUCAUGGAGUUCAACAUUGUACAAUGUAUCAUGUAUGUAAGAAAGCAAUAAUUCAUUGCUUUUAUGAUGUUGCAAUACCAUCAAGCUCUUUCAAUUA